CAAUUGUAAGGUUCACUGUGAAAGUAUCCUAAAUUGGGUAUUAUUUCACAACAUUAAUUCAUAUUUUAAUUGAUUCUAUUAUGUUACGAGGAAUAGUGGCAACACCGCUCUUGAGGGAGACUGACAUUUGAUUGACAGAAGGGAAUAGAUGUCAGGCGAGAUGUCAGAAAAAGGAGGCAAUUGGGUUUUUGGGAUGAAAAAUGGUGGUUCGAUGUGUGGAUUAUAAAAAUGUAAUUUAUUGCUAAAACUAUGAACAAUGCUGAAAGACAUGGAAAUAAACCUAUAUCGUGUACGUUUGGUGGUUUUACUACAGAUCAGAAGCGGUGAGUAACCUUCUCCCAUAAAUUUUGUUGUGAUUCUUGUUGUUGGAAUUUAUCGGGCCGAGAUGAACGUAAUAUCAAAAUGUUGUGUCUUCACCAGUAGAUCACACACGAAUAGUAGUAAUGUUAUGUUAUUAUGUCUUGUAAUAGUAUGGAAAUGUUCGGAAUAGUCAUAUUACUCAUAUUUAUCAUUUUCAUUAGAUUUUUAUUGGAUAUCGAUAAUCCGAUAUGCUAGCGACAUCUAUUAAAAAUAUAGGGAACUAUCCAGUUUCAAUUGACAUCUGACAUUGACACUGUCAUUUUGAUCAUCUGACAGUGUUGACAUUACAGGGAGCGUUCAAAAACGAUGCCUUGAUUACUUUAAAAUAUUAGCAUUAUUAUUCUGAGUAAAGUACUAUUGGGUUUUACGAAUUAUUAGUUUCUGCAAAGAUUUCCCGAUGUUACGCUUACUACCUAACGUGUGAUAUUAUUUAUAAAUACUAGAUAGCCUAAUAUGAUAAACGUGAGUCAUUGUUAUUGACUAUAAGUCUUAAAUUAAAUUCUCAUAAAUGAUGAUUAUUGAUGAAAAUGUUCUUUCUUAACAUUAGGUGUAAUAAGGGUAUGAUCAUUUAUAGCGUUGCCGUUGGGCUCAUAAAACGUAACGAACAUUACUAUAGGUUAAUCAUUUUGGUGAUUUUAUUUUAGUUGCAAAAGAUACCAAAUAUAUUAAGUUUUGAAGACUGCUAAAUUAGGACUAUAUAUUUAAUAUGCACCUUAUCUGUCAUCAUGUAUAUAAUUAAUGUACCAAUGUACCCUGAAGGUUAUACAUAAUAAUAUCUGUGUAUAAAAUUAUAAUAAGUAUACCUACUAAUAUAAAUUUAUUCCUUUUUGUUUGAGUUGGAGACGAGACGAGAAAACUGGACCACUCAAGAGAUAUGGGAUGCAGCACAACUACAGAUGAGUUGAAGAUGGACAAAGAUGAGCCUGCGGUGUGGCUGUGCCUGCGGUGCGGCUGUGCCUGCGGUGCGGCUGUCCCUGCUGUGCGGCUGUCCCUGCGGUGGGGCUGUGCCUGGGGUGCGGCUGUGCCUGGGGUGCGGCUGUGCCUGGGGUGCGGCUGGGCCUGUGCCUGCGGCUGCGGUGGUGCGGCUGGGGUUGAAAGCAUCUACAUCGCCGGGUGCAGGCCUGGAGUUGGAGCCGUGGUGACAGCGGCUGUCAGGGCUGUCAACAUCAAUAUCAACCGGACCAAGGCUGGAGGAACAGUGGAGGAGAUGGCUAUCAGUGGUGUCAGUACCCAGACCGAAGACACCAGACCAUACCAUACCAGACUGAGGCGGGAGUCUGAACUUCGGUUCGCAUGCUCAAUGGCCGACGGGCGGCAGUGGCGACGCUGUCCUCAACAGGACUGGAGCUACAUCUACAGUUGCAUGAUCACCAUGAUUAUUAUAAGGAGCACCGAACUGGGUGUUAUUUACAUAUUAUUUAGUUAGUUUUGAUCAGGUGCAUAAAGUUACUCGUAAUGUAGGUUAAUAAAGGUAUGAGGUACCUAUGUUAUGGUUAUAAGGAAAGGGAAAAUUAAUUUGAAACCUGGAUGAAUUCCAUUGCAUUGGUAUUGUUAUUAAUUUUGAAUGGUGGUUGCACAGUUAUCUUGCAAUGUUUUAUUUAUACUUAAUUGCUUUU